CGCCAAUUGUGUUUGACGGCAGUCGCUCGCAAGCAGGUGCGUAGUGCGCGCGUGCCUCCAUUACUCAAAACAACAGCUGUUCGCGUAGCCGCCAUCGCGAACUACAAUUUCGAAAAUUAGAACACUCCAGAUUGGGAAUUUGCCAUUUAUAUUUCCAUGCACUCAAAAUAAAAUCAAAGGUACAGUGCACCAGUGUUAACCCGACGGACAAAUGAAGAUGACAGUUAAUCGAAUAAGAGUUGUGGUGCUGGGAAGUGCACGGUGUGGAAAAUCAGCUGUAGUGGUGCGAUACUUAACGAAGCGGUAUAUUGGUGAAUACAGUUCUACGGGCGAUUUUUUCUACCAACAUCGGGUAGCUUUCGACGGAGCUACAUCUGAAGUCGAAGUUUUGGAUACUUGUGGAUGUGCAAAACGAGGCUGCCUAGCGGAGCACCUGCGUUGGGGUGACGCGUUCGCCGUAGUAUACUCAGUGUGCGACAGGCAUUCCUUCCUCGCUGCUGCAGAGCUGCUCGCUCUCCUCGAGCGUACCCGUCUUCCUGGCUGCACAGCCGUCACGUUACUCGGGAACAAAAGGGACUUGGAACAUGCCAGAGUCGUUAAGGCCGAAGAGGGUCAGGAGUUGUCGUUGCGGUUCGGGUGCCAGUUCUACGAGGUGUCAGCGGCAGAGUCGUGCGCGGGCGCCGCGCUCGCGUUCCACGCGCUGCUGCGGGAGGCGCGCGCGCUGGCGCUGCUGCUGCCCGCGCCGAGACGAAAGCUCGCCGCCUACUCCGUCUCUAAGGUAAUCGGUUCGAUUCUCGGUCUCAGCAAUAAGAGCGUCAGGAAGAAACGGCCUUCCCUGAGCAUAUGAUGUGCCCGUGCAAUUUCUUCUUGGGGCUUUGUUUACUCCGUGGCAGGAGUUUGUUUAUUCCUGUUAAACAGGAAGCUUUGUUAUUUCUGUCGAUGUGGAUCGAAGAGAUUUGGCGACUGAAAACGCUUGAGUUGAUGUGGUUGGCGAAGAGGGAGAACUGAAAUGACAGGAAAGAAAGUUAUAAAGUGAUAUGAGAAACGAUUAUAUUGUAAAACUGCGAUAGAAAUGAAUUAAGAUUGAUUAGAAUUGUUCCGUUAAUGACUGUGCAAAAUUCAAUUACCUUGUUAAAAUUUUGUUAUUGUGGGAGACUUGAAUUAUUAUGUGCCUUUCUCUUUUUAUUAGGGAAAUCAAAGAUUGGUUUUCCAUAUUCGUUAAAAAUAUACAUAAUGUUGAUAAAAUUUAAAGACAUGGUUGAGAACUGUGCUAAUUAUAGCACAAAAAAAUGUGAUAUACUAUAUUGAAUAUUGAUCAGAAUUAAACAAGAUACUAUUAUUGCCACUAAAUAAGGUUUGAAAUAAGAAACAAAAUCUAGAUCUAAUAGUUAUGUCCUAUAUUUUUAGACCUACCUAUUUGUAGACUUUAUGUUUGUUAAUGGGUAAAUUGCAAACAGUGAAUUUUUGGCAUUCAUGUUUGUCUUUGGAAAAUAAGAUUGUUGUACCCCUUUCGAAGUAUUGUUAAGAUUUUUUAUUUUUUGGUGAAAAAGUACGAACAAAUGAACACUGUAUAUGUAUAAUAUUAUUAAUACGAAUUAAGAAUGACAUGUAUUAAAAAAAAAACAUUUUGCUGUCGUAUGAUUAUGUCGUUGAAUGAAGUUGAUUGUCUUACUUUAUGGACCAUUAAUUUAAAGUAAUUGUACCUACCCAUCAUAAUAUAAUUCCUGUAUCCUAAAUAAGUAAAUAUUGAAUCUAACAAUGUUAUUUAUACUAUAAGUUAUUAUGAAUUCUGUUUAAACUUCAAUAAAAUACUAGAA